AGGAAUUUUCGGGGUGCUGGUGGCUCGAGUUUACAUGGAGGGGCAGAGUGACGUCACAAGAAACAUUCAAACACCUUCUUACUCCGAGGCUCGUGCUCGGGUCUAAAAAAAAAAAAAAAAACAAGAGGGAGAGAAAGAGGCAGGCACGGAGAGUGAGGGGUGGUGGGAGGGCUGUGAGUCCCAGUCACACCGCACUCCCUCCAAACACAACCACAGUCUCGCCACGUUCAACCCAGAGAAGACCUAACGAGCAGCAAGAAGCACAGAUUACAUGGCACGCGCCGCAUGCGCGCGAGCCCCUCUAGUAACGGACAACUAAACUGAAGACGCGAAACCCGAAAAGAAAAAAAAGAAAAGAAAAGGAGCCUGAGACGGGAUUUUUAAAUCUUCCCUGGCGUUAUUUUAAAUUCCUCUGGACUCUGCUGCCAUUAACUGGAUGUAAAUAAAACUCCGAGCAAACAAAAAGAAACCAACAAACACGCCGCGCGGAGGCUAAGUUUGACUUCAACAUGGUGACAAGGCUGUGAAUACCCUGCAUCUGAGAAAUCAGACCAAACUGACUCACAGGGCCCUGUGAGCCAGUGCCACCGAGGCUGCCAAAGCAUGCUGGUGCCAAGCUGUCCCACCAUGCACGGAGCCAGACCCACGCCGCUGCUGCCGCUGCUGCUCAUCCAGGGUCUGCUCCUCCACCUCGCCGACGCGCAAACACCACCAAAGUUUUUAAGAACCCCCACUGACCAAACGGGCUUGCAAGGAGGCGUAGCGUCCUUCGUCUGCCAAGCCACGGGAGACCCACGGCCCAAGAUUGUGUGGAACAAGAAGGGGAAGAAAGUCAGCAACCAGAGAUUUGAGGUAAUUGAGUUCGAUGACGGCUCUGGUUCAGUGCUAAGAAUUCAGCCUUUGCGCACGCCCCGAGACGAAGCCAUAUAUGAAUGCGUCGCCUCCAACGGUGUUGGAGAGACGAGCGCUACCACCAGGCUGACUGUUUUACGUGAGGAACAGUUGCCCCCUGGUUUCCCCACCAUAGACAUGGGCCCACAGUUGAAAGUGGUGGAGCGAACGCGCACCGCCACCAUGCUCUGCGCCGCCAGCGGCAACCCUGACCCAGACAUUGCCUGGUUCAAAGACUUCCUCCCUGUCAACACCACCAACAACAACGGGCGCAUUAAACAGCUCAGAUCAGAAUCCUUUGGUGGUACACCAAUAAGAGGAGCCCUCCAAAUUGAGCAAAGCGAAGAAUCCGAUCAGGGGAAGUAUGAAUGUGUGGCGACCAACAGCGAUGGAACCCGCUACUCAGCACCGGCAAAUCUAUACGUCAGAGAGCUACGAGAAGUGCGUCGAGUGCCACCACGAUUCUCCAUUCCGCCUACAGACAAUGAGAUAAUGCCAGGAGGCAGCGUAAAUAUUACAUGUGUGGCAGUCGGCUCUCCCAUGCCUUAUGUCAAGUGGAUGCUGGGUGCCGAGGAUCUGACUCCGGAGGACGACAUGCCCAUUGGACGGAACGUCUUGGAGCUCACGGAUGUCCGACAGUCGGCCAAUUACACGUGCGUGGCCAUGUCGACCCUCGGGGUGAUCGAGGCUGUAGCCCAGAUAACAGUAAAAGCGUUACCCAAGGCUCCUGGUAUUCCCAUAGUGACCGAGCGUACGGCCACCAGCAUUACUUUAACUUGGGACUCGGGCAAUCCUGAACCAGUGUCUUACUACAUCAUCCAGCACAAGUCCAAGUACUCCGAGGACUUGUACAAGGAGAUUGAUGGCGUGGCCACCACUCGGUACAGCGUGGGCGGCCUCAGCCCUUACUCUGACUACGAGUUCCGGGUGGUGGCAGUAAACAACAUUGGACGGGGGCCGCCCAGCGAGAGCAUAGAGGCCAAAACAGCAGAGCAGGCUCCCAGCACGGCGCCAAGGCAGGUCCGUGGCCACAUGAUGAGCGCCACCACUGCCGUCAUCCAGUGGGACGAACCGGAGGAGCCCAACGGCCAGAUCAUGGGCUACAGAGUGUACUACACCAUGGAUCCCACCCAGCACGUCAACCUUUGGGAGAAGCAGAUUGUUCGGGGGUCUAACUUCGUCACCAUCCAGGGACUCGUUCCAAAUAAGACCUACUACAUUAAGGUUUUGGCCUAUACUUCUGUAGGUGACGGACCUCUUUCUGCUGACCUGCAAAUCAUUGCUAAGACUGGAGUUCCUUCCCAACCCACUGACUUUAAAGGAGAGGCCAAAUCCGAAACGAGCAUUUUACUUUCAUGGAACGCUCCGGCACAGACCGGACUAGAAAAUCAAGUCACCGGAUAUGAACUCCUGUACAAAAAGAGAGAUGAAAAAGACGAGAAACGAGUCAGCUUUGAACCCACAACAACUUACCUGCUGAAGGACCUGAAGCCCUUCACUAUUUACACUUUUCGCCUGGCAGCACGCAGUAAGCACGGAGUCGGAGCUUACACCAGCGAGAUCUCUGCAGAGACUCCACAGACACUGUUUGCAAAAAACUUCCACGUGAAAGCUGCUAUGAAGACAUCCGUGUUACUGAUGUGGGAAAUCCCGGAAUCCUACAACCCAGCACAACCUUUCACUAUCCUCUACGACAACGGGCAGAGUGUGGAGGUGGAUGGGAAGUUAACGCAGAAGCUAAUCACAGGUCUUCAACCAGAGACGCAAUACUCCUUCCUCUUGACCAAUCGUGGCAACAGUGCUGGAGGUCUGCAGCAUCGAGUGUCCACCAUGACGGCUCCAGACGUGCUUCGCACCAAACCCUACUUGAUUGGCAAAACCAACUCGGAUGGAAUGGUGACUGUUGAACUUCCAUCCGUGCAGACAUCUGAGAGAGUACGGGGGUAUUAUGUCGUCGUCGUGCCUUUGAAGAAGCAGCGCACUGGAAAGUUUUUCAAGCCCUGGGACAGUCCUGAUGAGAUGAAUUUCGAGGAGGAUAAAGUAAAAUACGGGGUGUCUCAUCUGACAAUGCCUCUGCAGCUCGUGCCCACAGGCCCGUGUCUGCAGCCUUGA